AUGAUGAGGAAGAGCUCCAACUCGAUGCGGCAGUUGUGGUGGGUGGCUCCGUGCGUCGCGCUCCUCCUCCUCACCCCAGCCGCCGCUGCCGCAGUAGUUGGAGAGGUCAUUAACCUCCCCCAAGGUGGAACGUACGGCUACUCCAAACUCUACGACAUCACCAACAAAAUUGUAGUUGGCAUGACAAUUUGGGACAAUGAAAACGGCAUGCCAGAAGAGAAGUUGCGAUUCAUAGACACCAAUGGCGAAUUGGUGUACAAAUUCUCCACUCACAUGGGGACCCACUCCGAUGCCCCCGAUCAUGUAUUUACCAACAUGUCGAGCUACGAUGCCAACUCCCUGAAACUCGAAACUCUUAACGGUUUGGCGUUGGUGAUGGAUGCUCCCAGGAACACGAACUUAACUGCUGAAGUUCUGGAGUCCAUGAACAUCCCUAAAGGAGUCAAUCGCUUGCUUUUCAGGACCGAGAACACUCACAGGCAUCUGAUGCAUCAAAAAGCUUUUGCCAAGGACUAUGCUGGACUCAAAACAGAUGGGGCACAAUGGUUGGUGGAUAAUACUGAUAUCAAACUUAUUGGAAUGGAUUAUCUGUCUGUUUCUGUAGAGGCAGACGCAAAGCAAGUUCAUCAGGUUUUGCUGAAAACAGGGGUUAUAAUUCCGGUGGAGGGCUUGAUACUUGAUGAUGUUGGUCCAGGAGAAUACAUGCUUCAUUGCUUGCCUUUAAGGAUCCCCGGGGCCGACGGAUCACCCUCGAGAUGCAUCCUUAUGCAGUGA